UAAGUGUCAGGAAUCAGCAAUGUGAAAAGUAAAGCAGCAGCUACAGACAAGCCAGUUCUUCCAACUGCAUCUCAAUCUUCAAAGUGAUUCCAUCAACCGCGUCAACCGCAUCCACCCUCCUCGCAGCAAUGCCUUCCAACCCAUUCAACAGCAUGUACCGGGCUAUCCGCUCGAAUGCUCCCAAGAAUGGCAAUGGCUCCGAAGACUCCAAAUAUUCCAAGAACAAUGCGGACUCGAAACAAUCCAAAGGCUACGCGCCCUCCAAGGAACAUGCGCAAGACGAUUCUGCUUCGAUACUCAGCGAUGCUACGACCCUAGCUCCCCGGAAAGACGAACAGCCCUCAAGCAAAGGCAACAGUCGAGAUCACGAAGAGAUUGAUUUCGAUUCAGUGCGAUACAUGAUGCGAGGAAUGGCGACCCGUCAUUGAUACCGCAAUUUCACCGAUGCGCACCUUUGUCUGCACGUUAUAGCGCUUUUCACGAGAGAUGACCGAUCAAAAUGUAUGGUAAUGACUUGGAGUUCGAGAGUACUCUGGGUUUGUUUUCCGGGGACUGAAGUGGGCUGUGAAUUGGAGUCCUUUAGUUGGGAUACUAUCAUAAUGCGUCAUAUGCCACCAAAUCGGCGGCAGAACGCACAGUAUAGAUAAUAGCAAGAUUUAUUUCUCUGGCUGCCCGAAGCAACAUACGUAAGCGUUCGAGGAACUCAAACGGGCAAGAGCAUUCUUU